UCUGCAAGGACCGUUGGGCAGCUGGUAGAACUUGGCUCGGAACCACUGCGAACAGCGACUGUAGUGAUGUAUGGAAUAGUGUGUUGCCGGGAAACUGAACAGAACAAUCGCCAUAGUUUUGGUCUCCUUCCCCUGGUUGACCAAAUGAUUCACGUGUAUGACAAGCCGCUGCGUGGCUGGCGGCGGCGAUGGCGGUGGCUGUCGAGGCGGCGCGGCGGCGCGGGUCUUGAGGAUUCCGCACGCCUGUCUGCGCGGCUGCGGAGUUACGCGGCUUCCAGGAGGGCUAAUCCUGCUAAUGAAGUCCACGGGCCCUCCUCGCGGCUCCCGGGCGGAGGACAACGCGCGGCGCCGACGCAGGGGUAGGCAGUGGGCGGGGGGCGGCUCCCGGCGGGCACAACGAACACGCACCGGCCCUUCGGUGUCUUAUGGCCGUGGUCAUGCCUCUCGUUGACAGCUGUUAUUAAAAACCGACAGACUAAAACAAAUGAACGAUUUAUAAAAAUAUAGGUCAGUGAAGUGAAGAAUCGUUUUAUGAUACGAAAGAUUAAAGUGGAUUU